AUGCCUCCGUCGUUUAACCCCGUCUUUUUGCCUCCUUGGGUUGGAUUCCCCCCACCCAAGACGCUUUCACCAAGAGUCGCAAAGCAGCUCUAUGACCAUAUCCGUACAGUCGCCUUCUAUUUAGACGCCAUGACGGCAUUGGUCCCACAGACACGAGACUCUCCUAUUGGCCUAGAACCGAUCAUUGCGGCCGUAAUACCCCUUGUUGGGCCGCUGAUCGGUUUUCUAGCCGGGUUAUACAUUGUUUUCCUAUCCCUGUUCUUCGAUGUAAGCUGGUCCGACGUGGUUUACAUGCUGUUUAAUCUGUGUCUCGAUGCUGGAUCUGGAUAUAUCCCUAUUCUAGGGAAUAUUGUCGAUGUCGCCUUCAAGGCCAACCUAGCCAAUCUUGCCAUCCUCGAGCGGCAUAUUCGCAAGUCCAAACCCGAGACACCGUCUACAGGUCUCACGACGUACGCCGUCGCCACGGGCUUUAGCAAGCAACACUAUGAACCCUAUCUGGACAACUCGAUGGUGAUGUCCCCGUAUGACUAUCAUCGUCAACAAGUAACCUCGGCAUCUACAAUGAAUACAACGACAACGAGGCCAUUGCUCUCCCUUGCGCCUAUUCAGCACCCUUCAUCCCCUUCAUCUCCGUCCCUCGUCAGCGCAACGACCAUGAAUCUAGCGGGACCCGCAUCCGCUCCUCCCCUUAGCACGGGCGGUCACCCAUCAAUCGAUGCAGACAUUAAUCGGUCGCAGACGUUUCACCAUUCGUCCGCGCUGCCGAUAAACGCCUUGUAUGCGCCUGAAGAGCAGCAGCUAGUGACGGCACAGCCUCGCUCCACUGUUGCCCGUCCACACCACAAUGCUCAAAGGGGUUGGAGGGUGCGUUCCAAGCCAUCUGCAACCCCGUACGACCCAAUCGUGACCAGUGAACGGAGAAGGGCAAUCAAAGAGCAAUUCAAGCUUUCACAACAAGCUCAGCAAGUCUCGGCUCCGCAGACACCCGUGUCAGCCGCAUCCACCACGACGUCCGAAUCUCCCGCAAUCCCGCAAUCCGUCAGACCAAACUAUGGUCGUUCAGCCAAUCAUACCCAGAUGACACAUGAUUACUCUCAACUGCUCAGUCAUCCACAAGGGCUACCCAAUGGUCCCCCGGCUCCGACCUCGAAUGAACGUUUAGCCUCUGGACAGCCGUCGUCAUCCUCCUCAUCACCGGAAGUGACAAUGCACACUGGGAUUAGCUUUAUCCGCGAUUAUAAGACAGAUUGGAACAAUUUGCACUCACCUGUCCAUGAGGGGCGCUCUCGUGCAGCCGAGGCCGCGUCAAAUAUAAACACGUACGAUGCUCGCCAAAGCUAUUCGCACUCGACAGCCACAAAAUCCAACGGAAACGUGUCAUCACCCUCAAUGAACCCUCCACCUGCGGGAACCGUCUUCAUCUACGACGUAGACUCGUCGACUGCGACGCUUGACCCAUCCCAGGAUUAUGCCGAGUACGCUAGCUACUUUCCACUGAGGACAGAGGAACAUCGGCGACUGCGGGUUGCACUACACGGGGUCAUGACUUCCCAAUGGAAGUUGCAAAACGAGCUCGAGCCUACACCACAACACAUGCUCCAGUUUAGCCAGAGGAGCGUGAAUAAUGAUGGAAACGCACUCUACAGGUGCUUGUUCUAUCAUAAAGGCAAAGCUUGCGAGAAGACGUGGAAUCGGCCCGAACGGAUCCUUGCGCAUUUGCGCAAAGAGAUUGAGUUGAGGCCUUUUGUUUGCGACGGAGAGAAUGAUGUGUGUGCGUGUAAGAGCCGCUUUUUCGCAGAGGAUACUCUACAGCAGCAUCGGAAGAAUGUGAACACUAUCCCAUGUACUCACUGCCCUGCAAUGGUCACGCCAAGAAACGUUCAGCGGCACCUUAAGCACAACUGCCCGCGGUCUCCUGACAGGAUCAGGUAG